UCACGGGAGCUGCUCAAAUGGAUGCUAGUGUACUCGUCGUGUCAGCUCUUGAUGGCGUGAGGCCACAAACAAGGGAGCAUAUUAUUCUAGAUGGACAGGUUGGCGUGCCAUCAAUUGUUUAUUUCUUGAACAAAAUUGAUGUAGUUGGAGAUGAAGAUUUCCCAGAAUUAGUUGAGAUUGAGCUUCGAGAGGUCCUCAGUCUCUACAUGUUCCCUGGCAAUGAGAUUCCUAUCAUUCGUGGAUCUUCUUUGGCAGCAUUGGAUAGAAGGGACGAGGAGAUUGGAAAGAAUGCUAUUUUGAAACUGAUGGAAUUCUGUCAAUUCAUGCAUCCCUGA